GGGGGGGCUUAGAGAGCAGGGGACCCGGGGCGGGGUUCUGGAGUAAUUGCCCGCGUCCGGGAGGCACCGCCCUGUGACCCCCUUCGCCGCUCCCACCACCACCAGCGGCAUCGACGGCGGCGUCUCCACGCUCUGCCGACGCAGAUCGCCACUGCACGAGGCGGCACUGAGCAGCGGAGACCCCUCCCCCCCCUCCUCCGGCAGAGCCCGUGCGGCCAGAACCCCUUGUCGUCAGGGCCCCUGUGGCCGGGACCCCAGCGCGAGGCUCCCGGCCGCAAUCCCGGAGACCGUGCGACGUGGGGAGACGGGCAGAGGAGCCAUGGUGUCCUGGAUGAUCUCCCGCCUUAUCGCGCUGGUGUUCGGGACCCUGUACCCGGCAUACUCGUCCUACAAGGCGGUGCGGACCAAGAACGUGCGUGAAUACGUGAAGUGGAUGAUGUACUGGAUCGUGUUUGCAAUCUUCACCGCCGUGGAGACGUUCACGGACCUCGUGCUCGCGUGGUUCCCGUUCUACUACGAGCUGAAGAUCUUCUUCGUCAUCUGGCUGCUGUCCCCUUACACCAAGGGCUCCAGUACGCUGUACCGCAAGUUCGUGCACCCGGCGCUCUCCUCCAGGGAGCACGAAAUCGAUGAGUAUUUGACACAGGCGAAGGAACGAAGCUACGAGACGGUCAUGAGUUUCGGCAAACGCGGCCUCAACCUUGCCACAUCCGCCGCUGUCACAGCCGCAGCCAAGGGCCAGGGAGCGUUGUCGGAGCGCUUGCGGAGCUUCAGCAUGCAGGACCUGACCCUGAUCCACCCGGACGUGCCGAGUCGCCGCGCCGGCUCCACACUCGACCCCAUCGACGACUCCGACGAACCGAGCGUGAGUCUGCGCUCGGACGUGGCGGAGCAGUUGGAGGUGAGGACCGACCAAUCAGACGAGGAGCCCGCGGAGGCCCCGCCCCCACGCCGCACUCAGAGUCUGAAAGCGAGCAAGGCCAAGGCCACGCGCAACGAGGCUCAGGUGCGCAGUGUGAAGGCCCGCUGCAGGAAGAAGGCUGCGCCAGACAACUACGACACCAUGUAACACCCGUGCCAUCCGCCCAGGCCAUGGGGCCCCCCUCGUGCGGCGGAGGGCACCUCCGUCCUCCUACCUCCACACCACAGUGGCUCGUAGGAGAAGGUUACUGUGGGCACGCGAGGGGCGUGCUGGCCUUGGAUUCGCACGCGGCUGUAGAAGCGGUGGCCACCUGCGCCCACCCCACUGAUUUUAGCCAUCGGCUUCCGGCAUUGAAGCCGCUUUCACUGGGCACUGGGCAUCAAAGAAAACCUCGUUAAGAAAUUCGAACAACACAUUUUGGGCACCUUUGUUGUUUGAAAACUCGGUCUGCGGUGAACAGGGUUCAACAAUCGGAAGCUCCUGUUGCUUAAAUCGGGGGGGGGGGGGGGGGGGGAGGGGGUUGGUGAGCAUGCGACGACGCCCUGCCGCGUCUUCACCGUGCCCAUGCACAAACUCCGCACUUUACACGGCGCCAGGGAACCCCCGGCUGCCAGCGCCACCACUCAAACCGGGGAUCGAGCUGGGGACUCGGCCCCAGCGCCUCCGCUAGCGCCCCUCCUCACUCCGCUUGAGGUCAUGCGACCGGCACGCGAGGGGGCCACCGCCGUCAGCAGAGGGCCGCGUGGCAGAAUCCGUUGUUGCGCUGUGCUCUGCUACGGCGUUUGCUCUCGCCGCCUCUGCCGGCCCGCAUUGACGGAUAUGGUGAAGUAUGACCACAUGACCCCCGCGAGCCCCCCGCCGUGCAGAUGCCCUCCUCCAAUAGGGCAGUGCAUGUUACACGUGCCGGCCGUUCACUCCGAGGAAACGGGUUCAGAAUGGGCAUCGCUUGUUAAGACCAAGCUCGUACGAACCGACAGUGGAGGCGAGCACGAGAGGGAUAUUUGACCGAGCGUGAACUGUGCGAGUCUGACCUCCCGCUAGCCCCAGUUCGGAACAAAACCGUUCUCUAUCAGGUCUGGCGUGAACCGACGCUACGGUGUCAACACUGUCCCCCCGACCCUGUGGAUCGGACUCAGAACGGCGAGUUCGUGCCAUAGCCAUCAAGUGUGUGGGUGGCGAAACUACAAAGGGCUCAACUCGCCGGAGGUGCCUAGACACUCAGCUAUGGAGAGAGGCGGGGGGCAAAUUGAGAGGGUGGCAUUUUGUUCCUGUCGCAGUGGCUCACGUCAGGUUGAUUUUGAAGUGGCAGCCUUGCCCCGUUGGUUACGCGCGAGAUUUUAAGUGUAUUUCUUGUUCUUAGCUGUGACCUCAUAAACCCCCCGCCACCAUCCCCUCCACCGCCCCGACUGAUGACCACUCCGCGGCCCCACACCCCUGCACCACCGUGGCAUUGCCCCCGAGCUUAGCCACUGGGUUUGACUACUGCUGCUACCGAGACCUCCACGGGUCGGACGCGACUGUGAUAUGAGCGACGCGUAAUUUAUUGAGAGCGAAUCGAUGAGCGAGUACAAAUGCGCACGCGCGCGUGCGCACGCACACCCACGCCACCUCUCGGUUUCCGUGGCUUACGAAUAAAAAAUACAUGAAGCAGCGGCGA